AUGUGUCGACCACAUUCCUCAACGGUUCGUUUGGGGCCUGCCACAGAAGGUAUCGUUUCGGUUCGCUCCAAGGGCUACGGCCCUUCAAAGGACCUGCUGAAGGGUGUAGAGUCAAGCAGUCGUGUUAUGGUCGAGUCAACGCUUCACCCUGAGGAUCUUCCCCUUCAGCGCAGUGUCCUUGCUCUUACUAUGCCUAAUAUUCGUGAGAUUUCUGUGGUGGGGGCUCCCGACAGUUGUGAUUACAAGGCCGUGCCUUCCGAUCUGUUGGCAAGUGGCAUGGCGUCAGAACAGGAUCUUAAUUCAAAGGCCACCAAUGCUUUGGCGCGAAUCGAGCUCUUCGAGAACACGCUCACCGACGAACUCGCCACGAUGGCCAACCUCAUUGUGAGGCAGGUUUGUUCAUCCAGGAAGGCUGAUCUUGAUACUAUGGAGGUAUCUCAAAGCAACGAGAUGCGCACUUUAACCAACCUAGUGAUGCAGUGCAUACGCGAUGAGUUGAAAGACAACCUUGAUAGAGUUCGACUUGCGAAUGUAACCGAAUCCUCUCUGCCGAGUGCGGAGGAUCUUUCCAAACAAAUAAGCCAGCAAGUCGCACUAUCAUUAGAUAAGUACAUGCAUUCACGCCCAAUCCCGAAAGAGGCUGUUUCCGCGGAUGCUAUCGGAGAAAAACUUAGUAGCUACUUUGCACAUCUGGAGACGUCGAUAAAGUCUGCAUUAGCGAACUUUAGCGCGAACCAACUCGCAGUACAAAGCAGCAACACGGACGCAACUGCGCAAAGUGGGCUUUCCGACGAAGUACGUGAUUCUAUUUUGAGAACGUUUGAAGAAUCUGCCCGGGUUCAGCAUGAGAAUCUUCUUAAUGCACUUGAGGAUAGCAUUAACGCGCACUUCUCCAAGAUGGAGAGUAGAGGCGGUGACCAAGACACCUCCCAGGGGAUUGACGUGAAGGCGCUGGAGGUUUUUAUUGAGGGCUCGCUGCAGGCAGCCACGGAUGACAUUCGGCACUCUGUUGCAGCGGAGAUUAAGAAAGCGAUGGGUAAGAAAUCACAGCAGGCCAAUACAAUGAAUGAGAGUAGCAACGCUUGGCGUGAUGAGGUAGAAUCUCUCUCGUUGGCUAUUGACAGAGCGGUAAAGAAUGCUCAGAACACGUUUAUCCGCGUCGAGGCGGUUGAUGAAGCCAUCCAAGGCGUUGCCAAAGUCCAGGCAGAGGUAGCGCAGACCAUGUUGGGUGUGAGGGAACUGCUCCAAAAGGAGCUAGAUGCACGCCGUGAGCUUGCUAGUGGUCUCGAAUCUUCCACGGUGGAUCAUCUCAGCGAGGUACGUUUCCUCAUUGAGGACCUCCAAAAGUUUCUUGCACAGCUCGACACAUCGAUGGAGGUCAGACAAGGUCAUACUGAAGAGCGACUGCUGAACGUCGCUCAGGUGAUUGGGGAAAGUGUGCAGGCGGCGGUGGAGGUGCGCGCAGCCUCUGUCCUGUCCUCCGCCAUCUCCACUGUUGAUGAGCAGCUACAAAGGAUUUUGGAAGCCGUUCAGUCCGGCCAACCGAAGGAGACAGCGCCUAUUCCACCGCCACCACCAGAACUGGCAGAUAUUGCAGCUACCGUGGAGGCGGUGCUGAUGCCAAGGAUGGAGGCACUUGUUGCACAGUUGGAGGCCUCUGUGGCAGCGAAACGGGAGCCGGACGAUAUGGUGCACCUGGCUAACAGCAUUUCGGAAUCUGUGAUUAUCGCGAUCAAAGAGGAGUACCGCCGUCGAGAAGAGCAAGCUGCGAACGCGACACCGUCGUCCGAUGGUGACUCCAGCUUGACGGAAAGUUUGGAUCGGCUCCGGGACGACUUGAUUACGACAGUAGGGCGGGAAAUGGGAAAAACACACGAGGUCAACCUCACUCCGAUGUACCAAUACAUUGAUAGCUUACUCGUAUUCCUCAAGGAUUCCUUCGCGACGCAGGAGACCAACCUAGAUCAAAAGAUUGGGGAGCUUUCAAGACACCUGUCGACCAUGAUAGUUGAUGCUAUCGCGGCUCAAGCCCAGGAGCAGCGGGAAAGAGCCCAUCCGCAGGAACCACUCGCGGUAUCCGUAUCUGGGUUCACUUCAGAGGCCACCGAAGCCAUGCGCGAUAUGGUGCGGCAGGAGGCUGCUCAUUCACAGAUAGCCGUGAAGGCGGUGGAGGAGCGCGUGAGCGAGCUUGCCACCGCCGAGGACCUGAAAGGGUUUGUGAAGAAGGUUGAGGCUUCCCUAGCUGAGGCCGUGCAACCCCUUGCCGCGUCUCUAUCUUCCCCCAAAACAGACCAUUCGGUUGUUACGUCAGCAAUCGCUGAAACCACCGCGACGCUCCAGAUUCAGCUUAGCGCGGUAGAGAAUUCAAUAUCGAAACUUGGCGUGCAGCAUCGUGAAAUUCUGACGUCGAACAUACAGAAUCUGUUGCAGGCCGUCGAUAUGACGCCCGUGAAGGAGGGCUUGGCGGACAUUCAGAGCGUUCUCGGUGAGCAGGCUGCUACUUUAGAGGCCCUCAAGCACUCAGCGGACCGCACUUCUGAUGGAACACAUGGUGUCAACAAGCGCGAAUCUGAUGAAAUAGCUCAGCGGUCUCUCAAUUUCCAGACGCAGGUUGAUAGCCAUAUUCAAGACAUCAAGGGACUCUUAGAAAAGAUAGAUCAGACGAACCAGAGAGAGGUCCUUGCAAUUGUGCAGCAGAUACAGCAAAAUGUACUAGAACUACGUGAGAUGACUCAAAAAGAGGAACCACCACCGCCACAAGACACAAGCGCAUCGGCUGAUGCCUCUCAUAGUGAGGAAAUUAGUGAUGAUGCCGCAAAUUACGAAGACAUUCACGCAAUCGUAAAGGACACGGUGAGCGAAGUUGUGAAGAGGGAACUAUUGACAUUAUCUCAAACAUUAGAACAAAAUUUGGCAGCUUUAACAGCUAGCAAAGAGUCCGCCAAGCAAGAGCUUCUUGCCACUAUUGAAAGGGUUGCGAAGCUGUUAGACGAUCAGAAAACAAUUCAGUCGAACGCUCCACCUGCGGCCAAAAAGGAAGAGAUCGAGUCAAUGAUUACCACCCAUACAGAAAACAUUAAGCAACUGCUAGAAGCUCAGUCUACGAAAAUGCUUCACGGGGUAUCGGAAAGCAUCACAAUGGGAGGGGAUUCUGUUCAUACCCAGAUCAGCGACACCAUAAAGAACACUCAGGAAGCUUACGAAAGGAAAUUUCACGAUGACAUAGAGAAGAGUAUGGCGAAACAGACGCAGGAGUUGCAGAGCCUUGUGGUUGAUCAGAUUAAUAGAGUUGUGACGUCAACCAAAUCAAGCCCUACAAUCACGAUUGAUUCCGAGAGCGUUGCAAAACAGGUUGUUGAAAUUCUUGAAAUGGAAAGCAAAUUGAAACAUCCGGUCGUUGACUUGCCCCACGACGCUCCAGAUCUAAAGGCGCCUGCAGCGCUCAAGAGUGGCGAAACAUCCCUAUCCUAUUCACUACCUCCACUGUGGUGGCUUCUUUUGACAACUUUUUUGUUGUGUUUUGUAAUUUUUGCGUGCGCAUACUACCUUUUUGCGUGCUUUCUCUUAGCCUUUGUACCCGCUCCCGACCAUUACCCUCCUGUUUCUACUUUAGAAACGUCUGAUCCCUUUAAUCCCCAUAAUACCCGAGCUCAAGAAGCUAAGCGCGGUCGACGAGUAGUUGAUCAAGUCCUGUGA